AACAACAAUCAGAAACGGCGCCGCUGCUGAAUUUGGUUUCCGCUCAUGCGUAAGGGUAGUACUGGAAAUCGGAAGCUCACACGAGCAACAAUAGGACACAAACCCAGCCCACCACGCCACACCUGUACCUCGGCUAAAACUGCGAAGUGCGGACUGCAACUUGAAUGCCUAAACUCUAAACUACAAAAAAAAACUCCAGCUUUUUUUCUCUGGAAGCUGUACCUUGGAGCUUUCAGAGCGCGAGUCCGAUUCCAGCAAGUGCAGUUCGCACCGCCGCGGCAAUUCAAAGUGCUCUUCUGUUAAUGAAAGUCUCCUAAAAUCCUCAAUUUAUGAAAUUUUUUAGCAGGAGAAGGGCUAUCUAUACUCGCAGUUGAUUAUUCUCCGCUAACCCUCGUCCGCAUUUGUUUUUAGCAGGUAGAGAAUCAAUGGGCAGUUCAUUCAAUCCCCAGAUUUUAGUGGAAAAGCUUGCCAAGCUCAACAAUUCACAGGCAAGCAUAGAGACAUUAUCUCAUUGGUGUAUUUUCCAUAUGAAUAAAGCAAAGCAAGUUGUUGAAACAUGGGACAGACAAUUUCAUUGCUCUCCACGUGAGCAGAGAUUGGCUUUUCUAUAUCUUGCAAAUGACAUUUUGCAGAAUAGUCGUCGUAAAGGCUCAGAGUUUGUUGGUGAAUUUUGGAAGGUUCUUCCAGAUGCUCUUCGUGAUGUAAUUAGAAAUGGGGAUGAGGCUGGAAGAAAUGCUGCACUAAGACUGAUUGGCAUAUGGGAAGACAGAAAAGUUUUUGGUUCGCAUGGGCAAAUUCUCAAGGAAGAGCUUGUGGGAAAGCACUCGGAUAGUAGUAAUAGAAAUGGAAAGAAUAUAGGCUUCAAACUGGUAAAUUGCAUCGUGAAGCAGCCUGCUGGAAGUACACUGGACAAGAUAAUUUCAGGUUAUCAAGUUGUUCAUGGUGGCCAAGUGGAUGAAGAUGUUACAAUAAACAAAUUGAGGAAUGCUAUUAGCUCUCUCGAGAAAGGACAAUUCCAUGAUGCUUCAUUUGUGGAAGAGCUGCACGGGCAGCAAAAUAUUUUGAGGGACAGCAUUGAAAAACUGACAGCCCUUGAAUCAUCAAGGACAAGUCUUGUGUCUCAUUUGAGAGACGCUCUUCGGGAGCAGGAAUCCAGACUGGAACAAGUUCGCAAUCAACUUCAGGCUGCUCAAUCCCAGUCAGAACAUGCUAGUAAUAUCUGCCAGCAGUUGCUGCGUUCCAAUAAUGUGCAGUUAGUAGCUGAGCAAAGUUUGAAGGAAGUUAACACUUCCAUUGCUUCUCAAAGCUUUAUACCUGGGGACAGGGAACAAUCAGCUCCAGCAAUGUAUGCAAGGCAGGUAUCUUUCCCUGAAAAAACUGGCCAGAUUGAGGAAGAUCCCCGGAGAUCUGCAGCUGCUGCAGUGGCAGCAAAAUUAACUGCAUCGACAUCCUCAGCCCAGAUGCUUUCUUAUGUCCUCUCUUCACUUGCAUCUGAAGGCGUCAUUGGCAAUCCAGUCAAAGAAUCAUCUGGGGGAUACCACUCUGAAAAGAGGGCUAAGCUCGAGAACAACCAGCCUUACAUACCAACCCAGAAUUCUUCGCAGCAACCACUCGCUCCUUUUCAACGUCCUGAAUCUUUCCAAGUCGCAAACACUGCUCAGCAGCUAACUUCAAAUGAUCCACCACCUCCCCCGUCAUCACCUCCACCACCACCUCCGCUACCUCCUAUGGCACCAUAUUCAAUUCCCCAGUACAUGCAGACUGCUGGGUCAAUAAAUGCUGUGCCAUACACCUACAGCAUGUCCCAGCAGCCACCACCUUCAUUGCCUGGCUACCCAGGAGUCGGGACUCAAAUGACAGGUAUUGCUCCCUUUUCAAUGCCCCCAACAAAUUCAUACCCAAGUUAUCAGAGUGCAGAUGGUAAUUUAUACAGCCAACCAUCAAAGAUGCCAAUUUCCCGGCAAUAGAAUUUUUUAUGGCUGCUUGCAGCGGAGCAGCCAUCAAAAGGUUUUGCCGAGGAAACGUGAGAGGUUUCAGAAAACUAAUGUAGCUUUUUAGUUACCCGUGUGCCUUUGAUUAUACAUCUAGUUAGAUUUGCACAUUGUAAAGUGUUUGUAACUUAUCAAUCAACUGUUAGCGUUUAAACAAUUUCUUUGGAUUGUUCCAUUGAGAAAUAUAAAGUGAAUUGAUUUAGUUA